GAGAGAGAGAGAGAGCUCUUAAACAGCCAGUAGACACACCUUUUUUCUUUAUCUCCUGCUCUGCUUCUCCUACACACAAGGCAAAUAAAGGAGAUCAUCUCCAGUUUGACAUCACCUCAAUUGCUAAUAUGAAUGCAACACAGUUUCCUGUUCGUGCAGUAAACCAGCUUCUAACUAGCCCCAACAACUUCAGCAGCUCUUGGCAAGCAGAGACAAUCAGGGGAGUCCAAAUUGCAGCUACCCUGAUCAUCUUCCUGGUGGGGAUACCUCUGAAUGGGCUGGUGGUUUGGGCACUUGGAUUACGGAGUCAUCGCCACCUGGUGCGCAGAGGCAGCAAUGAAGAAACACGUGCUGCCAGCAGUUUCCGUAUUUAUGUCCUGAACCUGGCCCUGGCUGACCUGGUGUUGCUCCUGCGUACCCCUCUCAUGUUGGGCUAUAUCGCUCACAAUUACAGCUGGCCGUUCGGCCAUGGCUUCUGCCACCUGAUCAUGUUCCUGAGAGGCCUGGGGUUGUAUGCCUCAGCUUUCCUCCUUUGUGCUGUGGCCCUGGAGCGAUGCCUGUGUCUGCUGAAGCCUCUGUGGGCUCGACUGCGACGGCCGUCCUGGGCUGUUCCUCUGGCCUGUGGCAUCUUAUGGCUGUUAGCCACCAUCCUGUCUGUCCCUUACUUCCACAGCGCAGUACUGACAGAAUAUAACGGGACAUACCAGUGCAGAGAGAGUGGGAAGUUUAACAUGGGGUUGUUUCUCACAGAGACGAUGGCAGGUUUCAUCUUACCCCUGUUGGUGUUCCUGGGAAGUAAUGUGGCUGUCUUACUCACCAUUCAGCAAGCAGUGCCUCCAACACCCACCUCCUCCACACCUUCAACUGCCCGCAGGAUGACCAGGAUGUACCACGUGCUCUUUUUUACCAUGCUCCUCUUCCUCACCUGCUGGGUGCCCUAUUUUGUUUGUCGGUUCCUGCGCGCCUUGGCCGACGAACGACCUGAUUGGACCAAGAUGUAUAAGGGAGCAUUGACAGGCACAUACAUAUCUCUGUACCUGGUGUACAUCAAGAGUGCUCUUAAUCCUGUGUUGUAUGUGUUUGCUGCCCGAGGCUUAGGCCGUGCUAUCAGAGCUUCAGUUGUCUCCACUAUCGAACGACUUUUCAAUGAUGACUCCACAGAGUCCUUACGCAGGAAGUCACUUAAGAACUCACAGAUGUAGCUGAGAGGUCAACAAUGUUGUAGCAAUAGCUUUUAUAUAUCAAAAACAUAAAUGCUAUUCAUCUAUGAAAGUGGAAGAUGUCAAAUAUUACUUUUGGUUGGUUGAUUGCUCCAUUUGCACAAAUUGCCCCCCCCCCCCCCCCCCCCACCAAAAAAAGUGAGCUGGGUAAAUAAACUAGAGAAACGUUUAAGGAGUCAAGUGACUGUAAAGUAAGUGCUGUAGGCCAGUAGUUUUCAAAUUUCUCUGAAACAGCAGAUAGAGAAAUAGGCGGAGCUCAUCUCAACACGCAGAUAUGUAAUCCUGUUGACUGACUUGCCUAUAACUUAAAGUGAUCAAAGUUGAAUCAUAGUUUGACUGCACCCAAUUCUGCCAUUUCACCAUGUAACAAACCCUUUCUGACAGGAGAUUCCCUCCAGCGGGGAUCCUUGGCAUGAAAAAGUUUAAUUUAAAGGCUUGGAUAGAUUCUGGCAGAAACCAUGUUUUCAACAUUUCAGAGAAAUACAGCUCAACUCCCAUGAUCUGUCAGGCAGAUCAUUAAGUGUGAAAACUAUGGCACAACAGUGAAGUGCAGAAGGACAAAAACACAUCUCACCAAACAGUGAAGGAGGCUGGGUUUCUCCACUGUCAGGGAAGAACAAGAAGAUACAUGGCCAGUAAAACUAGAUGACUGAAGGCUGUAAAAAUGCCACUUUGUUGCGACACGCUGAAGGCAGUGUCAUAAUUGGCAUAAAAAUUAAUUCAUGAAUCAUCUUGUCUACGGGACGUAGGAAACACCUUCUUGGUAAAUAACAAACCAAAGUCCACACAUUCUUAAUGUCACAGUUUCCAGGCCCCAGAGUAACCAUUGUCGUUUGUGCGUACCAUCUCAGUAUGGUCCAAGGAACUGAUAUUCUGUUAAUUCAUGCAUGGGAUUUCCAUGUUAAAAUAAGUCCUGUGUGGUGCUAUUUGCACCUAUUCAUUAACCCACUGAAUGUAUGUGUGUAAGCUCUUAAAAGACUGAAGCUGAACAUAAUGAGCAGAAAGUAAAUAUGUUGCAGGAUCAUUAUUAUAUUGUGACUGUACCGCAUCCAUAACUGGACAUGAUUUAUGCAAAAAUGGCUUCACCAUUGUCUGUUGAUA